CGGGGUGGGAAAAGUAUGCCUGGGGCGGCGGCUGCUGCAAGAGGCGGACCGGGAGGUCGGCCCAGAGCCUCCGUGCUCAGGACGCCCCUGGAGGUAGUGGCCGAAGGGCCCUGCAGCCCUGGAAUUCCUGGCUCCCCACUUCUGCCCUGUGAAUAUAACAAGAUCGCGUGAGUGCAGAGUGUCUACUGUGCGUCAGCUUCUGCGCUGAGUGAUUUCUUCGCGGGUUAUCCCACCUGCAAAAAACGGGAAAGAAAGGGGCGCACAGACGUUCUUGCCUUGCUCACGGCUGCGUGGCAAGUAGCUGACCGUAAAAGAGUUUGAGUCCUAGGAGAUCCCAGUCCAAUGGCCAGGGAAACGUGAUGCUUCACAUUUAAUGUGCUUCUGUGUCUCUGCAGAUGAUGACAGUGGCCCUCCACAGCCUCCCAGCCUAUGUUUUACCCCUAACACCUUCGGCAGAUGCACAGCCUCAGUGCCAUCCACACUGCUCUUUGCCCACAAAACUCUCCAGCCUGGAACCCUUCAAAGGUCAAGCAGGGGAGGUGGCCCAGAGGUGUCCAUCAUGAUCCCCUGGGUGCUGCUGGCUUGUGCCCUCCCUUGUGCUGCUGACCCACUGUUUGGUGCCUUCGCCCGCAGGGACUUCCAGAAGGGCUCCCCUCAACUUGUCUGCAGCCUGCCAGGCCCUCAGGGUCCCCCUGGACCCCCAGGAGUGCCAGGGCCCUCAGGAAUGGUGGGAAGAAUGGGUUUCCCUGGCAAAGAUGGCCAGGAUGGCCAAGAUGGGGAUCGAGGAGACAACGGAGAGGAAGGUCCACCAGGCCGGACAGGUAACCGGGGGAAGCCUGGACCAAAGGGCAAAAUGGGGUCCAUAGGACGGGCUGGCCCUCGUGGCCCCAAGGGGCUGAGCGGUGCCCCGGGGAAGCACGGCACUCCUGGCAAGAAAGGGCCGAAGGGCAAGAAGGGAGACCCAGGCCUCCCGGGCCCCUGCAGCUGUGGCAACGAGCGCGCCAAGUCUGCCUUCUCGGUGGCGGUGACCAAGAGCUACCCGCGGGAGAGGCUGCCCAUCAAGUUCGACAAAAUCCUGAUGAAUGAGGGCGGCCACUACAACGCAUCGAGCGGCAAGUUCGUGUGCGAGGUGCCUGGCAUCUACUACUUCACCUACGACAUCACGCUGGCCAACAAGCACCUGGCCAUCGGGCUGGUGCACAACGGCCAGUACCGCAUCCGUACCUUCGACGCCAACACUGGCAACCACGACGUGGCCUCGGGGUCCACCAUCCUGGCCCUCAAGCAGGGGGACGAGGUCUGGCUACAGAUCUUCUACUCAGAGCAGAAUGGGCUCUUCUAUGACCCCUACUGGACGGACAGCCUCUUCACAGGCUUCCUCAUCUACGCUGACCAGGAGGGUCCCAAUGAGGUGUGAUUGCACCUGUGCCAGUUCAGGGCCUGGGAGGCACCCCCCCACACCCCACCCCCCGCAACUGUCUGCAGUGCGGAAGCCAGAAGCUCCUAGACCCAGGCCCAUUUCCUCUGCCUCUUUCAUUUCCCCUAUCAUUAAAUCCAAGCUUUUGUCCUCA